AUUCAACACAAGUUGAAUGCGAAUAGCCUGUGCUGUGUUGUACAAUGUAGUACACAAUGUCUUCUAUUUGCAAUUGAUUUUCUGCUGUCAAGUUCACUUACCUUUCUUCUUCAUUACUUCAAAAAAUCGAGAAAAGAAACAAAAACUAUUACUUCAUUCAUACAAACGAAAUUUCGUUCGAUUUGUGAUUUCGAUGUUGUUUUCAUAGCGUUUUUUUUUGGUGUGGUUUUUCAUUCGCUUUAAAUUCAUUUGUAAAAAUUUCGUCUUCUGUUCGCUUCGGUUGUCGGUGUUUGUGUGUGCGCGAGAGACAGUAUAAGCGAUUGUUUUCUUUUUUUUUCAUUCGUGUUUCGGUAAUGGUGUUGCGUAUAUAUGCAGUUUGCUUUUAUGUACAUACCUUUCUUUUUUAGCACUACAUGAAAUGCAAUAUUCUUUUUUUCCUCUCUCGCUCGCUAAAUAAUAUUCGCUCAAUCCGCGUUUUGUUUUGUGCUAAGUGAAUUUUCAAUUGUACGAUAUGUAUUCACAUUCUAAUGGUGUUCCGUGUGUGUAGUUUGAUAAACGGAAGAAGAAAACAACAACAAACCGAGACCGAACUGCAAGAAGCCAGCACAGUCGAAGAAGAGCGAGCAGCAGAAAGAAAAAAUAACAUAAGAAAAUCACUUUAAAGUCAAACGUGAUUCUGACGAAUGUGGAAUAUUAAAUGAAGACAUUGAAUUGGCCAGUUACACUCACUCACACAAAAAUUGUGCAGCAUGUUGUAAAAUUUCGAGCUCAUUUGAAAAAAAAGUUGGCAAGAGAAAGAGCCGUAACACGACGGCAGCAGUGCAGAAAUAUUAAGUGCAUAUGGUUUAUAUUUUCGUUUCGAUUAAUGGUUGAAAGUGAGACAAAUAUGUGAUGAGAGAAUACAACAACAAAAACCACCGAAGAAAGAAAAACGAGCGCAAAAAUGCAAUGGUGUUUCACUGUUGAUUGGUAUCGUGCAUGACAAGAGACACCCAAUAACCAAAACAAUCGAACGAAUUGUCAUAAAAAUCAUACAAAAAAAAUCGUUCGAAAAUCGAGGACAUGAUCCAAACGUGUAGUGCUCUCCUCUGCCUAUGUGCAUGAUGACAGGGAAAAAAGCAGAAUCAGAUCGGUCAACAACUGUAAACCGUGUUCAUAGAGAAAAUGAUGAAGUAAAAAAAGUAUUGAAAGCAAAUAACUAACAAACCAAAUGACAAAUAUUUGCUGAACGAUUAAACAGCGCGAAUCGCAAAGAACGCAGAGGAAAAACAAACAAACACUGAACGAAGAAACAGCAGAAAAUAAUCAAAGAAAUAGUAAAAUUGAUCGAUUGUGUGCAAUUUGAUUUUAUAUCUAUUUAUAUUGUUUAUAAUAUGUGCAUUUGGUGACUGACCACACAGUGCAACUUGAUUUCCAAAUCGGGCAUUUGUUAUAAAUCGUUCGAAAUACCAAAAAGUAAAAAAAAGAAAAAUAUCGGGUGUGUGUGUACGCGCGCGUGUGUUUGUCUACGUGUAUGUGUCAUAUUUUUUUCUGUUUUACAUUCGACAUCGUUAUCCAUCGUCCAUUUCUUGCACUGAUGAUUAUUCCAUACCUACGCGCUAACCAUCGUUCAGUGCUCAUUUAUGUAAUUAGAAUUAGUGUUGAUGUGUCAGAAAACCACAACAUAAAUUUCUGCCAAUAACGUCGUCGACGUCGUCGUUGUUGCUGUCGCCGUCGUCGUCGUCAUCAUCAUCAUGUUCAUAAAAAAGACACAUGUUGAUGUUAAAAAGUUGACAUCAAAGAUUCAAGAUAGUAAAAAAGAUACGGCAUCUCGAUUGCGACACCUCAAAACCAUAUUAGAGCACGUUGAUAUCGAUGAGGCGAAAUCAAUUUUCGAAUCCAACUACAGCCAUGUCUAUUUCAUACUCUAUGACACAUUUGUGCAGGCUGAAACGAAUUUGCGGCAAAGAGUACAUAAAGCGCAUCGAGAGGAGUUAGACGGAUCACUAUGGCUGCUGGGGAGAAUAUUGCACCUGUUGCCAGAGCUUGUGGCACGACGAUGGCAAUGCCAUUCACUCGGCCGGGUGAUGGCCAAAUUGCUUCAUCAUGGUAACAGUGCAAAACUGAGGAGGGAAGGAGUGAGGUUCUUUCUACUUUGGUAUCAAGCUCUUUGCGAAAAUGCACCACCGCAUGUGCAUCAGAUGUUCACCGAGCUGAUACCUGGUUUGAUAAUACCGCAGAAGGGCCAGAUUGGUUUGGCCGAAACGGAAUUCGUCGCUAACGAUUUGAUGAAUCAUCCGAAUAUGAAGGGUGAAAUGGGAGCAUCAGUGUUUCACGAUACAGGCGCUCAUCCGGUACGUUCACCGGAAGCAACACCUCUACUGCCACCGGCCAGCAAUGAACGAACGGCUGCCCCAGAUCCACGUGAUGGCCUCGAAGUGCUGCUCGACGGGAUGCUUCGGGCGACGGGCGGUUUGCGUUGGCGUGACAACACACCGCAACGGCAUAUGCGAUCAUUUGCAUUCCUUUUACAACGAUUCAAAGAAGUGUAUUUGCCGUUGAUUUGCCCGAAUUUCGACUAUUUUACAUCGAUCUACGAGCCAAAAUUAGAUUUGCCCGUGAUGCGAACGGUAAGCAAACGUGAGGAAGUGAUGAGCUCAUGUGUUGUGGUUCUAGUGAAUUGGGUGUCAAUGUAUACACGUGAUAAAAUUAGUAACAAUCGCAUUUUUAUGAAUAUCGAAGAUGAUUUAACCGAUCAUGCAAAUUUUAUGUCGAAUGCCAAAUAUAUCGGUUAUAUGCAGCCGCACCUCAUAAAAGACGUUCUGUAUUCGACACGUGACAACAUCAAUUUUGUGCAUGAGGUGUAUCGACAAGCAUUUUUAUUAAAUUACAAUACACGCGCACAAAUUGGUGCGAUUCGAACGGCAAUUGCCACGUACAAGGAAUGGAUGAGUGGGACGCCGCCACCAUUCCUAUUGGAACCGGAAGACAAUAGCGGUAAUCAUGAUUUAGUGCCUCGAAAUCAACGGCUGCGAACCGAUUCGUAUUUGGGCGCCAUUACAAAGGAAAAUCUUUUGAUUCGUGCCGGAUCUCAGAAUGUGCUGCAAGUGUUUGUCACCAAUACGGCUAACGUGUUCAUGGUACAAACGGCACAUUCAAGCGUUGUACUACAUUCGAAAUCCCGCGAAACGACACCGCUCGAUGAACAGACUGAUGUGUGCAAAAGUGUUUUGAAUAUUUAUCGCACGAUGGUGAUGAACACGAAAAUGGAUGCGAAAACAUGGGAACAAUUGCUGCUGGUGCUGUUGCAAAUAACCGCUGUCAUUCUGAGUCAAGCGCCGCCAAAUUCGAAGCGAAACAAUUUGGGCGGCCGUUUGGCACAGCCCGUAUUUCAGACAUUGAUCGUAACAUGGAUUCGGGCACACACAAAUGUGCCAGUUAAUCCAGGAUUGUGGUCGAAAUUUUUAAAUGUCCUCUCGUCGUUGACACAUCGUGAAGAAUUAAUCAUCGAAUGGAAUAAAACGAUGCAAACUUUAACUCGAGUCAUGGCGCGGCAAGUGUACAAUUUGAAUUUACAGGAUCUUCCAUUGGAUAGAUUGGCCGAACAGAAAGGCAAACGAAGACGUGGCGCAGCUACGCAACAACCAUUGGAAAGUAGAGAGAACUCUAGUCUUUCAAAUGUCACAAAAACAGAAAUUGCUGAUGAAGCAACAGAACAGCCGUACGAAAGCUCAACAACCGGACGUCAACGCACCAUAUCAGGGACAACCACCCUGAAUCGAAGCUAUAGUGAAGGAAGUUUAGCACCGACACGUAAAUCAAGAGCACGACGACGGAAAACACCAUCAAAAGUACCUACGUUGCCGAGCAAUGUUGAGAGUUCACUCAAUAAAAUCUUAUCCAGUGUACCGUCAAAUCUUAGCGUAAGCACCGAAGCAUUGAACAUUUCGAAAUUGUCGCAAAGCGGUGAUGGAUCGACACCGUUGCGAAGAGCCUUGUCACUCGAUUCGAUUCGUCAUCAUCCGUUGGGCGAGAGCACCAGAGGAUCCAGAACACCGUCGCCAACCGCAUCGAACGGAAUCGAAGGCGGCAGCAUCAAAGACACUAUUCAAAUCGAUAUGUUGGCAGGCGAUUCGAGUAGCAUCGAUACUCAAGAUGACAGCAAUAUUCCGUCGGCCGAUCGCCGCUCGAUUCUGAUGGGAGGCACUGCACGCGGUUGGCUGCCAGACGUUGCUGCUGUCAUGUGGAAACGAAUGCUUGGCGCGCUCGGUGACGUCAACAAAAUUCUCAAUCCAAAAUUGCAUGCUCAAGUCUUCAAACACCUUGUCGAUAUUACGGAUAGUUUGAUAAAAAUUCGACAGAAUCAAGGCAUAUCAAGUGAUAAUCAAAGUACUCCAAAUCCACCGACUCUGGUGCCGCCAAUCGGAAUUUUCUCAUCAUGGUGCUAUGGCGCAUUGUCGUUGGAUUAUCAAUACAGAGAUGGAAAAUUAUGGGCCUUACAAAUGCUGUGUUCGAUCGUGAAAUAUGGACCACCAUUGGGUAACGAUCAGUUGCCGUUGUUCUAUCAUGCAUUGCAUCAGGCGUUGACUGGUGAAGACAGAGCGAUGGCAUAUACUGUGCUCAAAUACUUGGGUGGACCACGUUUUUUGAGCUUACUUCUACCCGGUCAUUCACUACUGUUGCUCGAUUUGGUUCAUGCAUCAACGGUCAUUCUCACAUCGACCGAAACAAAUAACGUUCCAAGGGCCGAAGUGACGGGUUUGCUCAGUUCAUUGUUAUGCUUUCCAAGAACAUCGUUGCCAAAGCAAUUUCUACAACCAUCCGAACCGCAUGUUACACUUGUCGAUUGUCCCGACAUACAAGAGCAUGUGUUAAAUGUAAUUUUACGUUGUGCACGACGUGAACCCACUUCGAAAGCGAGAUGCAUCGCAAUUUCAGCGCUCGCUCAAUGGGUGCUACAAACAUUGGGCCAAUCACAUCUAUCCGACAAAGGAUUCCAACAAAAUGUCCCUUACAAGGGACAGCGAUCAUCACCCGGCAAACAAACACCACAAAAUCCACGCAUCAAAGAAGCGAUUCAAGUCAUUUUGCAAGCAAUUCAAUUCAAACAUCGAACAAUUGCACGUGUUGCGGCCGAAUCGUUGAAAUUAUGCGCGGACAAAGGCAAACAAAUUGCGGAAAUCGAUCGUUUGCCACAUCUGAUAGUCAAAUCAAUUUGCAUUGCAUUGGAAAUUCAGAAUGUAACCCAUCCGAAGGAGAGUGAUAAACAUGUACUGACGGCGUUGUUGCUGUGUUUGGGAGAGUUUUGUAUGUCGAUUCCGACGAAAAUUUUAAUACAAUCCCUUUCGUCAGACUCACCGGAUAAUUUGGUGUUGAUUGUGCUACGGAUUUUGCAUCAGAUCGGAACGGGAGCUCAAACGGAUCGUAUUAAACUGUUUACACCCGAUGAAGAUUUCGAUAUGACUAUUAUCGUGGAUGACGUUAAGUUGUUAUCGUCCAACGAAGCCAAUUUCCAAACGGCUGAAACCACCCAAAAUUGCAUCAAUGCGAUUCGUUUGUGCGCCAAAACGGUGGCCAUGCAUUUGGUCACGAAUUUGGGACAUUUCCCAAUGGGUAUCGGUGCAUCACGCCUUAGUUCGAUUGUUGAUGAACACGAUGACAUGGGUCUCAUACAACAAAGCGUCGAUUCAACGGUUGGCCCACGCGAUUCCGUUGAUUUAACCUCACAAGUACUUAAUGCCUCCAACUUACAAAUGUUUUUGUUGAAUCCAUGUCUAGUCGCCAGUUUCAUUGAAUUGUCAGCUUUAAAAUUACCCGGUGGCGGUAUAACGGCUGGCCUUGUGACCGCUGAUCGGCAGGUGCGCGUGUUGCUGCGUGAUUUAAAUGGCAAAGCUUGCUGGGAUGCUAGCAUCUUGUAUCGUGAACCAAAAAUUCAAAUCACAAACAUUGACAAUAUCGAUGAAAAGCCUAAUUUACAAAUUGGAGCCAAUCAAGACAGCAAAUAUUUUAUGGAUAAAGCACAAAUUGCAAUGAGCCAUCAUGGUGCUAGAAAUUUCUUAGUUGGCGCAUCGCUUGAUCCACUAACAUCAACCGUCGGUUUGCCAUUAAAUCCACGACAACACACUCUGCGUCAUCGUCCACCGAAUCAAUUGCCGCUUGCGAACGACUUGGCACCGGAUCUAGAUCAAUUGGAUGAUCUGUUGCAAUACAUCGGUCACACUAGCCCUGAAUGCCUGGAAGAUCCAUGCUCAUUUUUGAAUGCAGCUGCUCCAACGCCAUUAGGUUCACAUCUGGAGGCGCAAACCAUAUCGAUAAUCUUGAACCAAAAAUCAUUGGAACAGGAUUUCAAAACAGUACAAAGUGCUCAAAAUAUCAAUAUACCCGUGCGACUCUCACGCGAAGACCACUUCAGUCGAACCAAAAACGACGGCUCUCGAUCGGCUGGUAACAGUUUGAUCAAGAGCGAUACGCAAUUCCAUUAUUGCAAAUUGCUAUUUAGUCAAUUGGGCUUGGCUGGUUGGGAACGAAGGAAACGUACACAUCUUCUGAUUCGAACCGACAAAUUGUUACGAGAACUACGGAAUUUGGACAUGCAACGCUGUCGCGAAACACACAAAGUGGCAGUGAUCUAUGUGGCCAGCGGGCAAGAGGAUAAAAAUAGUAUUUUCAGAAAUUCCUGUGGCAGCAGUACUUACGAAAUGUUUGUGUCAGCAUUGGGAUGGGAGGUCGAAUUGGAAUCGCAUAAUGGAUUCUUGGGUGGUUUGCCGCGUCAAGGAUGUGGAUCAACGUCACCUUAUUAUGCAACACCAUUCUUUGAGGUCAUUUAUCAUGUGGCAACACGAAUGCCAUACGAUAGUUCCGAAGCGAUUUUGAAUAAGACACGACAUUUGGGCAACGAUGAAGUGCACAUUGUGUGGAGCGAACAUUAUAGAGACUAUCGCCGUGAUAUACUGCCAACGGAAUUCUGUGAUGUUUUAAUUGUGAUUUAUCCAUUGAAAAGUGGGCUGUUCCGUGUGACAGUGAAUCGAAAGCCAGAAGUGCCAUGGUUUGGACCACUCACCGAUGAAUCGAUCGUCGGAGGCGCAUGCCUGGCUAAUCUCGUCCGUGCUACCGCAAUCAAUGCUAGUCGAGCUAAACGUUCAUCACUGCCAUUCUACCAACAAUUCUAUGAAGAGCGAAAACGUUCACUGGAUACGAUCGCAUCGCGACACAAAGAUAGCAAUACAUUUGAAGACUUCACAUCACGUGUAUACAGUCCAUUGUCACUGAGCCAUAACAUACCAGCUAAUCCAAAUAGUUCGCUUGCAUCAGCAAUGAUCGACAACAGCUAUCGCAAUCAAUCGAAAAAAUGGAGUCAGCCACAAGCUGAAUCGACAAAACUAUCAGUUCGUGACAUUCCAAAUCAGAUAAUAAGCGCUGUAAAUAUUGACCAUCCAUCGCCUCGGCCACAUCGUAAAUUGCAUCCGUUUAAGAGUGCGCCGAAAAAGCAUAGCCAAGGUAAUACACCUCCAGAGAGUCCAACGCUUCCCGGUACAUUCACCCGGAAAUUUAAGUAGAACAGAAAUGCGUGUGUGUUUGUGAAGCAUGUUUAAUUUUAGUGGCGAUUUUGAGAUAGUUUGUGUCUCAAAAAUGCGUUGUAUUGAAGUCGAUUUGAUUUUUUUUCUUGCGUUUUUUUUAAAUGUAUCUUUGUCGAACGGUAUUCCAUCUGUCAAAAUCUAAUGUUAUUUAUUCGAAUGGCUCUUUUUCUCACUCUUUCUCUCUGUAUUUGUAUCUCAUCCUCUUGAAAAUGAUAAUUACUUUUUGAUCUACCGAUUUUGAUAGCUUAAAAUGUUGAGAUGUAAUACCGUUUGACAAAAUUAUCAGCUAACGAGCAUUGUUCUAAGCAUUAAAAAUAGAAACCGUUUUUCUUUUGUGGGUGCGCCCUUUAAAAUUCCAUGUAAUAAAUAUCAAUGAUGAGUGUUUAUGCGGUUGACACGAGGGUCAAUGGGUUUUCCAAAGAAUUAAAAGAGAUGUAGAAAGAUUUCUGUAGCGAUAACAAAAGCAUGAAUUCUCGAACGUUGCUAACGAGUUAUGCAACGUUCAUAGUUUUUUUUUUCGUAUUAAUUUUUACAUAAAAAAAACGAAAAUUGUAUAGUUUUGUUGCAUGUCCGUUUGUUAUUGUCAGAAAAGAAGUUGCAAUUUUUCAGUCGAGUAUCACAUCAAAUGCUGAAGAAAUUUAUUUUUCUCCCCCUUUCUUUUCCACGUAUAGAAAUAAACGGCUAAAAUUAUGAUUUUGAAGAGAUGAUGAAAGAAAUGCGAGAAGAGAUGAUGAAGUGAGAGAUAGAGAGGGAGAGCGAAAGCGUGUGAUUUUAUUACGAAAAAAAUAAUCAACCAACCAACAUUUGCGUCCAUAUUAACAGACAUCCAAAAUUUAAUUUAUGAUUAAUUCUUGGUUGUCUCUGCGUCAAAUCUUAUUUAUUACUAUGAUUAUUAUUUCAUUCUUUUAAGAAUAAGCUAACCAAUUUUCGGUUUAAUUUAUUAUGUUCAUGUUAGGCUAAUCCCGUUCCGAUUUUUGUUGGAAUUAAAGCUUCACUCUGUAUAAUUUAUUAUUAUUAUUAAAGGCAAAAUGUGGCAAGUUUUCACUUUUAUUUUUUUGAAAUAUUGUGAGACAAUUGAUUUGAAGAGAAAAAAAAAGAUUUUUUUUUUUGGAAAAGAGCCAAUAGUUACGUGAAGGUACCGCCACGCUGCGAUAAACAUUCUAUUUAGUAAUUCGUCGUAACAAAGAAAAAAAAAGAAGCAGAAGUAAAGAUAAAAUGUGUUUCAUUCUCCAAGCAAAAAACUACUACUACUCUUUUGACUUUGUUUUUUUUUUUUAUAACCAAAAGUAUUUACAUCACACAAUUUCCAAUAGCCAUUACGAUACAUAUAACAGAUAUCAAGAAAGAAAAAAUUAUAUAUAUAUAAAAAGCCGCAAACAUUUAUGUAUAUUGUAUAGAUAUAGCAACAAUCAAUAUUUUCGAAUUGUAAACUAUUUUGACAGUAUUUUUAAAUUUUUAUUAAAAACAAAACAAAAAUUGUAAACAACAAA